CUGGAAAGUAAGAUGAAAAAGAAAGUCAUGUUGGGAUGCUGUGUGAAAACUCAACCUGUUUGCUGAAAUCUUGGACAUGUAGAGCAAAAUGUUGAAUAUUUGUGAAGGUGGACGAAGACGUUAUUUUCGCAGGGCUUGAUGAACUUGAUGAAGAUUGUUUGUUCUAUUUGCUCAAUGUGAAAUAACGUACUUUCCAACCCAUAUUUUUUCAGGUUGUCAGGGCAGUGUUUGGAAAGUGUUUGUUUUUUUCUGUGUUUCUUGUUUCUGUUUGAUUUGCUGAGAACAUGUACUUUUGCUGUUUCCUGCUGAACAUAUAAAUACUGAGUGGAUAUUUCCGAGCUUUACUGUGCCCUCUUCCACUGAGACUGACAUAAGAUCUGUCUAUCUUACGUUUUCUUAAAAAACAUAUUUCCUGUGGAGUAACUCCCCGUCUGAUUCAUUUCAAAGUAUCUUCCUCGAAGAACCUGACAGAAGGAAGACGGAUGCAAGCAGCAGGUUGUUCACACAUGAUACGAGAUGCCAGAGACAUUCAGUGAGACUGUGAGAGGUGGACGGGCCCAAGCUCAGCCACAACGUGUCCAGAUCAAACCGCUGGAGGAGUCAAGCCCUCCUCUUACUUUGCUUCCUCCUCCUCCUCUUCCUGCUCCCCCGCAGACCAGGGACAUCAUCUCGCCACCUGUUUCAGGAAGUCAGUGUUGGAGCAGUAUGGAAGACAUGAGGCAGAAACAACAGAGACCGUCAGUGCUGCGUCAAGUUUUCCAAACAGCUUCCACGCGACAACACGCCAUCUCCAGUUGUGAGGAAGAGGGGGAUGGAAGCCAUUUUUCCCAGUCCUCCUCACCAUCAAAGGGUUCCUUUCUCAGACAAAGUCAUCACUUGAUCCCUUUGAGGACAGAUGGUCCGAAGCAGAGCUCCAUCCAGGCCAGAAUUCAUGAUGGCUUCUCUGAGGGGACGAGUUCUCUGUUUGUGAGAGGCCUGUGUCGCUGGCCUGGCUGUGAAGCUGUGUCUAAAGAUUUUCCGAGCUUCUUAAGGCAUCUCCAUUCGGAACACAGCCAUGGUGACAGAAGCAUUGCUCAGUGGAGGGUCCAGCAGGAUAUUGUCCAGUGCAUGGAGAGUCAGCUCAUCCUGGAAAAACAGAAACUUAUUGCCAUGCAACUUCACCUGCACCUCUCUGAACACAAAUACACUGAUGUGCACAUGUCUGUUGAUGUCCACCUCGAUCACUGCCUGCAGAAGGCUGCUUGUGAGUGGCCAGACAGCCUUCCUCUGUUCCUGCCACAGCCUCAGGUGGCAGAUGGAGACAGAGGGCAACACUGGUGCAUUCAACAACUGGAGGAGUUGUCGAAGCAUUGCUACGGAACUACUGGUGCUACCAACCUUCUGCCUGAUUUGGUCCCCAGUAUUGAAUAUUACAAAUACAAAAACAUCAGGCCUCCAUAUACCUACGCCUUCUUGAUAAGAUGGUCUAUUGUGGAGUGUCCAGAAAAACAACGCACUCUUAAUGAGAUUUACAACUGGUUCACCACCAUGUUCUUCUACUUCCGACACAACACUGCUACCUGGAAGAAUGCAGUGCGUCACAACCUCAGCCUACACAAGUGUUUUGUACGAGUGGAGGGAGGAAAGGGAGCUGUGUGGACAGUGGAUGAAACCGAGUACCAGAGGAGGAAGGGUCAGAAGUAUCACAGGGACUGUCCUGUCAAGUGGCUCACAUCCUUCUCCCAGUAUUUUCCAGAGGACCCCUGAUCACCAGCAGAUGGCAGCACUGUGCUCCUGGGGUCAACAUGUCAACUUAGUGUUAAUAAGUUCACAUGUCUGUUUUAUUUCAUUUUAUUUUCAAAUGACUUGUUGAGCAUUGGCUGUGUUGUUUGUUACAAAUACUCAUACCUGGCAGCUGUUGUUGUACAACAAUCACAGAUUUCUAAUUCAAAAGAGUUUUUCUUUUUGUUUAUAAAUCAAUGAAUCCAAAA